GCGCUGCUCGUGCGCGUGCCACUUUAUGUUUCGCUCUAUAGGUUGUUUAUAAAACCAGGGCCGGUGUGAAAGUUAAUGGUGAGCCGCCGGAGAUUGUCGGCAAUAUCCGAAGAUGACGAUUAGCACACGAGCGACGGGGGCCAGCGAGUGUGUGUGUGUGUGUGUGUGUGUGUGUUGAACUGAGCGGAGGUGAAGAAGAGGAGGAUGAAGCUGGGAGCGGAGGAUGGGAGGAAGAGUGGAGUAAGAGACAAGCUAGCUGUGUGUGUGUGAAUGUGUGAGUGAGUGAGGAAGAGGAGAGGAAGGUCGUCCGAGGGACCGAAAACAAAGACUUUCAUUUUUAUUUUGGGGGGGGCUUCACCUCGGGAACAUUAUCGGCGGAACUUUCAACUUUUUUUUUACCCGCCACAGCUCGGCUCGUUGUGCCCGGCGCCGGCUUUGUUUCGCGGCGGGGGUUGUCUGCGAUAAAUGAAGGAAUAAAAUAGAUCACCAUCGACCAUUUUUGGAUCCGGGAGGGGAAUACCCCGGGAGUGCUUUUGACCGAGGUUACGAGAGAAUGGCGGCUAACAUGUAUCGAGUAGGAGAUUAUGUGUACUUUGAGAACUCCUCCAGCAACCCUUACCUGAUCCGCAGAAUAGAAGAGCUCAACAAGACAGCCAAUGGGAAUGUGGAGGCAAAGGUGGUGUGUCUGUUCAGGAGGCGAGACAUCUCUGGCAACCUCAACACGCUGGCUGACAGCAAUGCAAGAGAAUUUGAGGAGGAGUCGAAGCAGCCGGUGCUGGCUGAACAACAGAAACACCAGCUCAAGCACAGAGAGCUCUUCCUGUCUCGACAGUUUGAAUCUCUACCCGCUACUCACAUACGGGGGAAAUGUAACGUCACCCUCCUCAAUGAAACUGAUGUUUUGGCUGGCUACCUGGAGAAGGAGGACUGUUUCUUCUACUCGUUGGUGUUCGACCCCGUCCAGAAGACCCUUCUGGCAGACCAGGGUGAGAUCCGUGUGGGCUCCAAGUACCAGGCAGAGAUCCCCGACAAGCUCGCUGAGGGUGAAUCAGAUAACCGCAUCCAGGAGAAGCUGGAGACCAAGGUGUGGGACCCCAAUAACCAGCUCAAAGACCCUCAAAUUGACCAGUUUCUGGUGGUGGCAAGAGCUGUGGGGACGUUUGCUCGGGCCCUGGACUGCAGCAGCUCCAUCCGCCAGCCCAGCCUCCACAUGAGUGCAGCUGCAGCCUCUAGAGACAUCACACUGUUCCAUGCUAUGGACACACUGCAGAAGAACAGCUACGACCUGGCGAAGGCCAUGUCCACCCUGGUGCCUCAGGGAGGCCCCGUGCUGUGCCGCGAUGAGAUGGAGGAGUGGAGUGCCUCGGAGGCCAUGCUGUUCGAGGAGGCUCUGGAGAAAUACGGCAAAGACUUCAACGACAUUCGCCAGGACUUUUUACCCUGGAAGUCUCUAGCCAGUGUGGUCCAGUUCUACUACAUGUGGAAGACUACAGACCGCUACAUCCAACAGAAGCGACUGAAGGCAGCAGAGGCCGAUAGCAAGCUGAAGCAGGUGUACAUCCCCACCUACACCAAACCCAACCCUAACCAGAUCAUGGUGCCGGGCAGCAAGCCCGGUAUGAACGGAGCCGCAGGCUUCCAGAAGGGCCUCAGCUGUGAGAGCUGCCACACGGCCCAGUCUCCCCAGUGGUACGCCUGGGGGCCUCCCAACAUGCAGUGCAGACUGUGCGCCUCCUGCUGGAUCUACUGGAAGAAGUACGGGGGCCUGAAGACCCCCACACAGCUAGAGGGUGCUGCUCGGGGUGGCUCUGAGUCGGGCCCCCGCGGUCACAUGACACGCCAGGAGGUCCAGGGCAUGUCGCCGUUCACCCGCAACGAGGGCCGCGCAAAGCUACUGGCCAAAAACCGCCAGACGUUCAUCCUGCAGACCACCAAGCUGACCCGCAUCGCUCGGCGGGUGUGCGAGGACAUCCUGCAGCCGCGCCGCGCCGCACGGCGCCCCUACGCCUCCAUCAACGCCAACGCCGUCAAGGCUGAGUGUAUCAUCAGGCUUCCCAAAGCCACAAAAACUCCUCUAAAGAGCAAGCUGGUGCCUCGACCCUCCCUGGCCACCAUAGUGAAGGAUUUAGCCAUUUCAGCUCCUCUGAAACUGAAGGCCUCCAGAGGACCCCCGACUCCCAUCAACAGGAACCAGGCCAGCCAGCCUAGAGUGGGCCAGAGCCUUCUGGGGAAGAGGGGCUUUGACAGCGCUACGGGGGUCCCCUACCCAGCCAACGGGAGGCCGUACACUUCAGGUAUGAGGACCACCUCCCAGUCGGUCAUCAAGCGGCAGAAGGUCAGCCAAGGGGAAGCUCCCAACCCCGUGGUGUUUGUGGCCACAAAGGACACCAGGGCUCUGAGGAAACAUCUGACCCAGUCAGAGAUGCGUCGGGCGGCAAGAAAACCUCACCUCCUGGUCCGGAUCAAGCUGCCCCCGCCCCCCCGCUCCCUGGCCAUGCCCCUGCUCCCCACCAGCACCAGCGAACCCAUCGUCCUGGAGGACUGAAGGGGAGGAUGGACGAGGGGGGGGUCUUUUAACAGGACACAGGGGUUGGGAGGGAGUUGGGGAAGGGUCUGUGCUCAGGCUGUCGGCUACAGGCAGCACAUUGCGCCAUACCUGUAGUUUUUAUCUUCCCUCUUUUCAGUGUCAUCUUUCUUUAGUCCUCUGUUACUUCCCAAAAGUUAAUGUGUGACACACACACAUACACACAAACACACACAAGCACUUAAAUGACUGUACAUUUCCAUGAUAUUAAACCAGUAGACACAAAAACGCAUCGAUGUACUGAAACACACACACACGCACACACACACACAAACGCACACACACACACACAAACGACUUUGGGCUUUGUAGUAUUUUAUUCCAGAUCCUGAAUUACUUUUAAAUGCCGCCUGUUUUUUUAAAUGUGUAAUUUAAAUCAAGAUAUUUCUCAUACUGAAACAAAGGUGAUGAAGCACACUGUUUUCCCUCGGCGUCGCUGUCUGUGUGUAAAUAUAAGCAUCAAUGGGUGGGGGGUUGACAUGAGAUGUGGAUUCAACUCGUAUGAUGUCCUCCUCCUCCUCCUCCCUUCCAGCAGUAGAUAUUAUGAUACAAGGACUAUAUGAACACAGUCCAUGUAUCAUCCCAGCAGGGGAACCUGUCACAGCUUGGGCCCCUCCCCACAGGUAACAACCUGUCUGCACCCUCCUCCCAGUGGAAGACCCUCAGUGUCAAAAGUAUUGAGUGGGCACAAAAAAGUUGAGAAGAUUUGAGUGUGUGCUGUGACAAGUGAAAACGAGCAGCACUCACUCAGUCGUCAGGUUCACGACCACAACUCACCAUAAGUCUCAUCAUCCAUGAAUCUGAUGAUUUGACAGGUGAUCAAGUAUCAGUUUGACAGCAACACAUCCUGUCAGUGUUAAAGGUUGAUAACUGUUCUAACAUCAAGGUUCUGCACUGACCGGUGGAAACAUGGAACCAGUGGAAUGAGAAAACACCAUGUGGAUGUCGUUGUCAAUUUUUUUUGUCUUUAAUUUUUUCUUAAUGAAUCCAGAUUUUACCGAUGUGUUUUUCUACGGUUUGUUAUGACCUGAAGUUAAAAGCCGACUCAACUCUUGUUUGGUGCUCACUUGAUAUGUUGUGACUAAUAAUCUUCCAUACUUUGUGUGAACCUUCACGAGGCAUAAGAGUAGUCUUUUUAUUUGAAAAAGAAAAUUGAGCAUGGGACGUCCCCUCUCCUGUUCUCUUCACCCACCUGAGGCGUCUGUAGGAGGGAUCGUGUUGUAUUUAAUGACAUUCAGAUGGAUUUGCACGAGUUACUGUGACCUGCCACGCUCGGAGAACAUGUGGCUUUGAGGUUCUGAGUCCUGAUUGAAGCCAUAACAUGGGACAGGGCUGAUGUCCACUCACCCUGAGGUCAUGUUGGACUUGAGCUGCAGCCACAUUUUUGAAAAUGUAGUGUUUGGUUGGUUUGAAUGAAACCGUCGCAAAUAUGUUACUGGUCAGUUGAUGAAAGUCUGUUAAUAACGCAGCAAUAUGUAAACGUAUGGAAGACGAUUAUGGCCAAAAACUUGUCGUUUAAAAAUAUUUUUAAAAAGUAAAAUGAGAUUGAAGUCAUACUUUUCCCUCUAAAUAUUGAUUCACUGCUUUAGAACUUUUUAUCCCAUGGCCUUAUUCAUCUUCUGUCGAUGUUUGAUGAUUGUGAUUGGGUUUGAUGAAGAUGUGAAAGGAAUCUAGGUCUCAACUUGUGCUUUCAUUUGCUUUGUUUAUUUGACUUCCCCCCCCUGUCGGUACAAUUAUGAAAGGGUGAGUACUAAAAGUAAGUUGUUAAUUGGAUAAUUAUAAUUCCUUUGUAUCCUCAGCAGCGAGGGGUUACACUGGGUUUAUAAGCAAGUCUGGUCCCAAUGUGGGCUUUGUAAUAUUUCUCAAAAAGAAAGAAACUGAAGUGUUGACUUUGUAGCAAAUACUAAUCUGUGGAAAGAAAAGUGGAAAGCUGGCAUAUUGGAAAGGUUUUUUUUUGUUUUGUUUUGUUUUUUACAUCUAAAUGUGUAAUUCUACAUUAUUGUGGAGAUGGCUCUAAUAGGCUACUGUACAUGUGGAACUUUGCUCUCCUUCAUUGGGUGGGGGUGGGACAGGUCAUUUGAACCAGGGGCAACAUUCUAAAGGGACAGGGUGCUGAUUUUUGUAUGACGGAGAGACAAACAUGCUACAAUUGAAAGUUUUUCUCAAGUGUUUUUUAUUCCGAUGUCUCUGUAUCCUUUAAUGUAUCUUGAUAAGAAAAGAAAUAAAGAUUUUUUUUUUCUUUGUGGUCA